AUGCGGCCCUCGAUCCUUCGACCCCUGACGCGGGCGCAUUUAGCCCCUCGAAAGAUUUCACCUGCGGCCUUCACACCAGCCAGAUCUUUAUUCCAUAAGACUGCUGUACUCAGAGAUGGGCUAUGGACCUCACCAGAGAGAAAAAGCAAUGAGCCAUACCUCCAUCUGGAAGCCAUCAAAAGUCCAAUCAGUGCCGCCCACAUCGAGGCACAGGAUCUAGUCGUCGUUGAUCGUAUUCUAGAGCCUCAAACGGUCGCGAAUUUCAUUGGGUUUCUCUUCGGAAAUCCGCUUCCCGAUGGCACUCGUCCCUCAUCAAUCGCUACUCUACCGCUAAAGGAGCUUGCUCUGAUACAAGGCAACGAGCGGGUACUUGGCGCUGAUACAAAAUCUUUCUUCUACCGUGUAAUGCUUUAUAUCGGUUCCAACGAGGAUAGCAGUCGACUUUGCGGGGUUGGCAAGAAUAUCCAGUCUCUCAAAUCCCGCCUUUGGUCGGGUAUCACUCCCUUGAGUGAUCAACGAUGGAAAGAGAAAGGCCUCCAUCUGCCGGAGAACUUCGAUCAAGCCUGCCAGAACCUUGGUGCUGUGGUCUCGGUGUUCGAGUACCUGAACGUUCCAGAGGUUCAAAAAAAUCUUCGCGACACUUUCAAUCUCAUUUACGAUACUUGGAGCGAUCUAGACGUCGUUAUUAAUCAGCGCAGAGCUGAAACGGGUGCAGAGCCUGUCAGUGUCGCUGAUCUCUGGACUUUGUACAUGUCGGUCCAUCUAGAGGUCAUAACCCAGCGGGCGCAUAAAUGGGUCACGCAGCAUGUCGAUAGCUUGCGAGCUCCAUUUAUGCAAGAUUUAUUAGCCUAUCAGGGUCAGGGUCAAAAGGUGUUUGAACCAGAUGCAAAGCAGUGGCAGUUGGGUGAUGCGCUCCACGUCUUGCUAGAAACCUCCGUUCGAGCGGACCAUACGAUCAUGAUUCCGAUGGAGGGUUAUAAAGGGUAUAAGGCUUCAGACAACAAAGUUGGACCGCCAGAAAUGCACUCUGCCCAACAUCAGGAGCGGGGGCGGCGUACUCCCAGCGGGAAGCUUACUGUCUCGGAACAAAUCUACGAGGCUACAACAGAACAAGUUGAUGCUCAGAGGCAAAUUAGAAGAGAGCUUCGUGGUCGUUCGCUUGACUCCACUUUUCAGGAGCCGUGGAUAAUUUCCAAGUUGGAUAGGUUCAAAUAUUUGGAAAAUAAUGAUUUACCAAAAGACUCUGGUAUUGCCAUUUAUCGUCUGACUCAUGGACAAUCUGAGUCAGAAUGGUUGGAAUUUGUCAAGAAACUUGAAGAUCAUAUCUCCGAUUGGGGGGCCGGUCAAGAUGGCAGCGAUUCUAUCAAGCCAUACCUGAAGCUCCACUGGCUAGAUGGAAAGAAAUUGGGCAUCGCACAAGAUGACAUUGAAGCCGCAAAGCAGCAUUUUAACGAGGUGUUUAAUGGCUUUGAGGGCCCGGAUGCACCUCCCCUAGAUCUCCAAUCUAAAGCAAUUCUUGCCAUUGACUCGGCCUCUUUUGCGUCCUAUAUGAGCAACUCCUAUGACGCUGCAAAAUCCUCUGUGCUCCCAGGGGAUUCAACAGGAUUCGUUCUCGCUAUUGACCCCGAAUUUGAUCCCGAAAUUGGAUUUGAUAGACCAGAUGAAUCCCCCGAUUACAAUGGCCAGAUGCGUGUUCUCGGAAGUCUAGUCUGGGGUGACUUGUAUGCUAUACUGGAGUCGCAAUCCGGGGGACUCGGAAACCUGUGGCCUCUAGCUAUGCACCAUCCAGAUCAGAUUUACGUCGGCCCAGUUAUCCCACUACAAAGACUCAACUGGCAGGCUCAAAAAGACGGUCAGUGGAAUGUGGUAUCUGAGGCAAUGAACUAUGCAGGGAAAUUCUUGAAGUGA